AAUUUAGUUCCUGAAAUCUUCGUUCUAGCGCAAUAGAUUGUCGGUAUUUCAGAUUGUGGGACACGAACUCCCAUAAAAUGAUUUCUCUACUUCAUGUCUUAUCUGUGGAGUUUAAUUGAUUUGUAAAAUUAAAAGAGAUUAGAAAUCGUUACAACAAUUAUAUGUAUUCGAGUACAUGUAUGUAUAAAGAAGAAGAUACCUAUAGGUAUUGCAUUAAAAAUAUGAACUGUCAAAAUAAAUACAAACAAUUUUGUAACAAUCGUAAGAGGAAUAGUUAAAGAAUGGAGCAUGAAGAAGAAUUUCUCAAUACUUUCUUUACUCAAGUUGCUCAAUUGUGUACUGAUAAAGCUAAGGAGUUAGUUGAAAAGGAACGUGGAUCAUGCCGUCAAACACAGAUGGGUCCAUGGGGAAUGUUACUUAUGCAUUUACCUCAAAUAGCUGUAGCAGAACAUUCAUAUGCAGAUUUAGGUUUCCUUCAUACUAAAAAUAAAGGAUUUUUAAGGAAAGAUAAUUCACUGAGAACAGUGUAUGAAUUAUUAAAAUCUGAUUUGAAGAGGGUAGAAGAAAUGACUAGAGGAACCAAUUCCAUUGGAGCAACAGUUGCUGAAGUUUCUAAUCAAUUGUGCCAAUACAUAACAGCAAAAAUACAGCUAAUAGAUUUUUAUGAAAAAAUGUAUAACAUGAGUGUAAAUAGCAAAGCCAUGAGAUAUCAAGAAUUAUUAGAAUCCAUUGAAGGAAUAGCAGAAGCCCAUUCUUUAUCUUGUUCACAUUUAGCAUUAACUGCUAUUAAGACAAGUUUAACAUUAGAGUGUGAAAUAUUAGUACAGUUAACAAAAGCACAAGUUGAACUUCAACAUUGGAGGUUUUUGUUAACAUUAAUGGCUCUCUAUGGUGCACAAACACGAAUGUCAGCAUGGGAAAGAACUUUACAAAGUAAAGAGUCAUGGAAAUUAGGUUUCAGUGCUUCUUUUCUGAAAGCAAACCAACAACCAGCAUUAUACCAAUGGUUAGUGAAAUUACGCGGUAACAUAUUAGCUAAAUGUUCAUUAUAUUUUCAUACUACCUUAAGUCAGCAAGCUAAUCCAGGUGAAAUGAGAAGCAUCAUGAGCAAGCAAAAUGUGGAUUACUAUCAUAAAAUACAAAGUUUUCAACGUAAACAUGACGUUUUAGCAGUUUUAAUAAUAUUUGAUUCUCGAGGAGUCGAAGAUGCGGGUCCAGGUUACAGGCAUCCUCGCAGAGAACCAAAUGUGACUGAACAGUUUCCCGUUGUCCUCAGUUGUCCUAGUGUAUUUGCACAAAAACCAUCAAUUCAUUUGGAUAAUAUACAAAAGCGAUUUAAAGAAAGAUAUACGGAACUUCUUGCCAUGGAUAAAAUUGUGUAUAGUAAAAAUGCAAAGGAUGCGUGUGUAUAUGCAAUGUUUAAUACUGAUCCCAGAAUGACUUUAGUUACCGUAUAUGAAAGUGGCAAACAAAAGGAUAAGGAAGCCCAUGUAACCUCGUUUAUGACCGAUUUAUGUAUGCAAAUUAGGUGUAAUAAGGUGUACGAAUCAUUAAAAUUAUCAAAAUGAAAAAUCAUGAACUACACAUAAAUGUUACAACAGAACCAAAGAUUGUAGCGCGCAAGAAUCAAAACUUAUUUAAAUAACAAUGUUAUUAUAAUGUUGUACAGAAAUAAAAUUUUUAUUACUGUU